UUGCAACCCUUUUCUCGCGCAGACAGACCUGGUUCUCGCGAGAGAUCCACCGGCCCCGCGUGGUUUUCCUGAUUCUUCCCACCGAGCGGCUCUGCGAUGAAGGCCGUGAUUCUCGCCGCCGGCUACGGGACCAGGCUGCAGCGGGACGUGGUGGCCGACAGCAGCGGGAGGUUCGCUCACCUGGUCGGGACCGCCAAGCCUCUUCUGCCGGUGGGACGGAGGGCCCUGGUGUCGCACUGGGUCCGAGCUCUGACCGGGUCCCGCUGCGUGGACUGCGUGUAUGUGGUUACCAACGGUGUUCACCUGGCUGCUUUUGAAGAGUGGGCCUCACGUUACACAAAUGUCCACAUUGUCAGCGACCAGACAAGAAGCAAUGACGGUCGCCUUGGUGCUGUAGGCUGCUUGCAACUUGCUGUGAAGCACUUCAACAUAGAGGACCAUGUCCUUGUGAUUGGGGGUGACACCCUCUUCAAAGAGGAUUUUAGCCUCAGUAAAGUGAAAGAGAGGUUUUCUGAGCUCCAGGAGAAGAGCGAGAGCAGCUGUCUGGUGCUCUCCUACCAGUGCAAAGAGGAGGAAACGCAGAAAUACGGGAUAUUGGAAGUAGGCAGCGAUCUCCGUGUCCUCUGUAUGAAGGAGAAGCCUCUUCCUUCAGAGACAAAGUCCAGAAGCGCAUGUCCGUGUUUCUACGUGCUCUCAAAGAAAAGUCUUCCUCUGUUGGAUGCAUUUCUUGAAGAAAAGAAGGAGGCUCCUAUUGAGGAGAAAGACGCUCCAGGGAACUUUGUGUCUUGGCUCAUUCCCAGAGAGCCUGUAUACACUCAUCAGAUUGCAGGACGUUUUGAUGUCGGAAACCUUCCUUCCUAUAUUGAAUGUGACCUUUAUUUCAGAGAAAAACUUCAAGAUGUUGGGUCUUACAUGGUCUAGAGGAACAUGACCAGCAUGUUAUAAAUCAAAUGACCAAAUUCAAGAAUUGUAACUGUAAAUAAAGCUUUAAUAUGAUUUCUCUGA